CUCGUCUCUCCAGCAGAGCCGCUUCAUCACCCACAGACGCUCCCUGCCACCUGUCCCUCCCUCCGCUGCCAGCUUGGAGAAAAGACGUUUAUUUCAUUCAUAAUAAGUCACUGAGGAAAGCAUCAUGGCGAGCAGCUUCUCCAGGAUCCUGUCCUCUAAACGACAAAUCGGGAUCCUGUCUCUGGUGGGAGGCUCCGUGACGGCUGGAUACCUGCUGCAGCACCGGGACCAUGUCAGCGCCGGGAUGCCCGUCCGCAGGGUGUACCCCUCCAGUGCGGAGUACCCUGACCUGCGCAAACACAACAACUGCAUGGCCAGUAACCUUACGCCUGCCAUCUACACCAAGCUGUGUAAUAAGGCCACUCCCAAUGGCUACACACUGGACCAGGCCAUCCAGACAGGCGUGGACAACCCUGGCCAUCCCUUCAUCAAGACCGUCGGCAUGGUGGCAGGAGACGAGGAGACUUAUGAGGUCUUUGCAGACCUGCUGGACCCGAUUAUCAAAGAGAGGCACAAUGGCUACGACCCCAAGGUCAUGAAGCACCCCACCGACCUGGACUCCAGCAAGAUCCAGUCUGGCAACUUUGAUGAUCGUUACGUGCUGUCCUCCAGGGUGAGGACGGGCCGCAGUAUCCGGGGUCUGAGCCUGCCCCCCGCCUGCACCCGGGCAGAGCGCAGAGAGGUGGAGAGGGUGGCGGUGGACGCCCUCGCUGGCCUGAAGGACGACCUGACUGGGAGAUACUACAGUCUCACCGAGAUGACAGAAAAGGAGCAGCAACAGCUCAUUGAUGACCACUUCCUGUUUGACAAGCCUGUGUCUCCCCUCCUGACAUGUGCAGGCAUGGCUCGUGACUGGCCAGAUGCACGUGGUAUUUGGCACAACAAUGACAAGACCUUCCUGAUCUGGAUCAACGAGGAGGACCACACCAGGGUCAUCUCCAUGGAGAAGGGAGGCAACAUGAAGAGAGUCUUUGACAGGUUCUGCCGAGGCCUCAAGGAGGUGGAGCGGCUGAUCCAGGAGAAAGGCUGGGAGUUCAUGUGGAACGAGAAGCUCGGUUACAUCCUCACCUGCCCCUCCAACCUGGGCACAGGGCUCAGGGCCGGGGUCCAUGUCAAACUGCCCCUGCUGGGCAAGGAUAUCCGCUUCAGUAAGAUCCUGGACAACCUGCGUCUGCAGAAGCGAGGGACGGGGGGUGUCGACACAGCUGCUGUCGGUGGUACUUUUGACAUCUCCAACCUGGACCGCCUGGGACAGUCUGAGGUCCAGUUGGUGCAGACCGUAAUCGAUGGCGUCAACUACUUAAUCGAGUGUGAGAAGAGAUUGGAGAAAGGCCAGGACAUCAAGGUGCCCGCACCCCUCAAGCAGAAGUAGAAACCAAUCCCUGACGUCUGCGCACAACCCCCUGGGCACACACACACCUGCACAAACAUCCCGCUCUGUGCCCAUAGAUAACAUAAAUAUCUACGUCGUCGCAUCAUUUAUUACUAAUGUUGAUCUAAUCCACCGUCCUUACCCCAAAAUAUAUUUCUCUAUAAUAUAAUCAACAUAUAUUAUAAACAGUCCCAGAAUACAGUUUAAGUGUGUUGUUGGUGCAUAUGUAGGGUUUUUAAGUUACAACUCAUAUUCCCACCAUGGCUAUUAAAUGAGGGCAAAUAUUAACAAAGGAUGCACAAACUCUAGCCUGUUGUAACGGAGCAAAAAUGGUCGCCUCUGCAUGGCCACAUGGUAUCUACGGCUCUGCUUCCAAACCACUCUUGAGGCCACCUAACACCUGGCUCUGCCCCGCUGCAGCCUCCUUCCUGCUGCAUGUCUCCGUCUCCUCCCCUUACCCCUGUUUGUCGAUCAGCCAUGACUAUUAUCUGGUGCUUGUAUAGUCCAUCCAUUGUGGAUUGUGUAAACAUAGUUACCUUAAAAACCAUUUUGAGUGGAUCUGAAUGUAGAUUAACAGUGUGAGACUGAAGAGACUCGUGGAUGUGUAUGUUGGGUGACACGCUGGUGUCAGACUGUAAUGUCAUAACACACAGUGGCCUGGGCUGGGUUCUGUACUGUAAGCAACUGAAGCAAUAUCAUUCCAGCUCAUUACUGAAUGUCACACUGUUAUGUAUUUUAUUAAAGGAAUCAUCUAUUUAACAGUA